AUGGAGUGGCUCACCCUCAGUCAACAGAGAGGGCUGGACCAGAUGGGAAUUCGGGGGGGUCCAUAUCUCCUGCUGGGUGAGGUCCUUGGACACAGUGCACUUGGUGUGCAGCCCCAGCAGGCUGCUGAUGGAGAUGCCGAUGAGCUUCUGGAGCUGCCGGCACUGCUGCAGCGCCCGGCUGGCCGCGGCCCCUGCGCCUCACUCCAGGGCCUCCCCAUCACCCCCGCCACCGCCCUCCUUCUGUCCCAUCGCGGCGGCGCACAGCGCUGCUCUAUGCACACUGCGGCGGCCGAGGCAGAGAGCCCGGGGCGCGGGCGCCUAAGCAAGGAACCCCCGAGACGGAAGAGAUGGACCAGGAGCGCCCCUCGCCGCUGCUCCAGCCAGGACGCCGGUAGAGCUGGCAGCCCAGUCUGCCGCUCCAGCCCUCAGAGACGCGGUGGCGGGAACAAUAAGCCACGACUGCAAAAAGCUGCAACGGUGGGGGCAAAAAGCCACGGCGGCAAACCGCGCCGCGGUGGCCAGGGCACAAAGCCGCGGCGGCGGGGGCACAAAGCCGCGGCGACAGAGGCAAAAAGCCGCGGCGGUGCGGGCAAAAAGCCGCGGCAGCAAAAGCGGCGGCGACGGGGGCAAAAAACCGCGGCAGCAAAAGCCGCGGCGGUGGGGGGGCGAAGCCGCAGCGGCGGGGGCAAAAAGCCACCACAGCGGGGGUACAAAGCCGCAGCAGCAAAAGCCUCGGCGACGGGGGCAAAAGGUCGUACAGGCCUGGGCAAAAAGCCGCGGCUACGGGCGGAAAAAGCCGCAAAAAGAUAUGGCGGCGGGGGCAAAAAGCCACUAAAAGUAAGCUGCGGCGGGGAGGGGCAAAAUGCUGCGGCGGCAAAAGCCGCGGCGACGGGGACAAAAAGCCAUGGCGGCGGGGGCACAAAGCCCCGGGUGCUGGGACAAAAAGCCACAGUAGCAAAAGCCGCGGGGACGGGGGCAAAAAGCCGCGGCAGCAAAAGCCGCGGCGGCGGGGGCAAAAAGCCGCAAAAAGCCAUGACGACGGGGGCAAAAAGCCUCGGGUGCGGGGGUAAAAAGCCGCAAAAAGCCGUGGCGGCGGGGGAAAAAGCCACGACAAUGGGGGCAAAAAGCCGCGGAGGCGGGGGCAAAAAGCCACAAAACGCCGCAGUGGCGGGGGGGUAA